AUGAAGUUUCAAAUUUUUUUGCACAAUUGGAACCUAUUACAUGGCGAUGGCCUCACAAGACACCGCCGCGCAUAUUUCGAUGUUGUGAAUGUCCUGGAGACGUACCAGACCCGUGCUCGAACGCAUGGACAUUUAUUUCAGCCUGACCCGCCCACACCGAUUGUGGUAUUCGCAGAUGGAACGGCGACAGGAGGAAAUCAUGAGGCAAGCAAGGAGAGGACCGAGUUUACCAAUCAACGCGACUCGCACUACGCCAAUAUGUUCCAAUACGCAAUGCAAAUGAACAAGGAGUUAGACUUGAUGGAAAAGGUGGGAAUCAUUCAAAAAUCACAAAUCAGCUGCAUAGAUGCAUCAAUGGUUUCUCCACACACAUGUUGCAGGAGCCUCAGUUCCUCCAUUUGA